AUGAUCAACUUGAGAUGCUGGCACAAUUCAGACUUGCUGAAAUUCGGCCGGGCAGUCCACACAGGAGUGGUAUAUUCGGAGCUAUUUGAUGAAAUCAACGGAAAUGGGAAGCUCCGGCACGCGUCGACAGACUUAGAGCUGUCUCAGGAGAAGAUAGGAUCUGAGAUACACGACGGUGAUUUCAAAAUACUCGGAAUGAUUAAGGGCCUAUUUCUUUCUAAAAGGGCAACUUCACUAGCUGGCCAUGUGCCCAGGGGGGAUAAGAAGAUGAUCGCAACCUCAGAUAGCAAUCAAGGGUCUUGUUCAAGUGAAGAUCAAGGGAAUGAAAUCCAAACAGAAGCAGAAGAACAAGAUCUUCCAAAAGAGCCUGGGUCCGAGCCUAGAGAAGGAAUAUUCGUUCUUGAAUGGGUUUUCAAUGACAUCAGUUCAUCCGCAAUGGCCAUAUCAGAAUUGGGAUUAUCCGAGGUUAUGCAAAAAAAAACACUUUAG